AUGCCUCCCAGAAUACGCGCCCCGUCGGUAUCGCUGGCGACCGACGUGGUGCUGCAGCAGCCGCGGCCAUGGACGACGCUGAGCGGCCGCGCCUUCAGCGCGACGCCGUGCCUUGACAAGAUGAGUCGCGCCCGCCAGAAAAUGUACCAAUGGAUCCAGUCGAGAAAGGGCCGGGAGCUCGCCGAGCCCGGAAGGGGGCCGCGGUACCUGGGCCCGCAUCGCGACCAGCCCUUUCCGCUCAACCCGCUCUUCCGCAGCCUGCCCGUCCUCGACGACUCGACAAAGGAGCUCAUCUGGGACAAGGUUAUGAAGAGGGGCGAGUCGCUCAAGGCGGUGUCGGCCGAGAUGAACGUCGAUGUCCGGAGAGUGGCUGCCGUGGUGCGGUUAAAAGAGGUGCAGAGGCAGUGGGAGAAAGACGGCAAGAAACUGGCGACACCAUACGCCAAGGCCGUCAUGAGCAUGCUGCCAAAAACGACAUUCCGCGAGGGCGAGAGGAACGCGCCGCACGAGGCCGUCAACGAGAUCCACGUGCACACGCACACGAUGCAGCAGCUCUUCGUGCCCGUGUCCGAGUCGCGGCACUUUACGCGCGAGGACGCGGCCAAGGCGUUCCACAGCUCGCUGCUGUCGGCGGACGCACGGUCGCCGCAGCCCCGGCUCAUCGACAUGGAGCGGGAGAUUAGUCAGGGCAAGGACCGCGACGAAGCGCUCAUCGACUUCAAGGAGGCGACGCAAAAGGAGGAGGAGGCGCUGGCGCACAAGAUGCGGCUCGAGCGCGAGCGGCAGGAGAAGAUGACGACGCGCGUGCGGACGGACCGGUGCGAGUUCCGCUUCAAGCAGAUCAAUGUCCAGGACGUUGGCAGGCUCGGGCGCUCCAGGGAGGGCACGGGGUGGCGGUACGGCGCGCCGCUGCAGGACCGCAAGCGCGGCCUGGUCAAGAUUCCCACGUCGGUGCCUUGA